AUGCAAACUCUUAUGCCAGAAAAAACUCCUCCCGUAGUGGAUAAGUAUGAUGGCUCAACAGAUCCGGAUGAUCAUAUCAGGACAUUUGUAAAUGCAAUGGCAUUUUACACGAUCAGUAAUCUAGUUAUGUGUAGAGCAUUUUCAUUAUCUCUCAAGGAAGAGGCAUUGUCAUGGUAUAACACCCUUCCUCUGAAUAUAGUGUAUUGUUUUGCCACUAUGCAAUCCCUUUUUGAGAGAAAGUAUGCAUCUAGUCGAAUACAAGAACGAACACCUGCAAAACUGGUAAAUACCAAGCAGGAGAAGGGUGAAUCUUUGAGAGCCUUUAUGAAAAGGUAUAACGAAACCACUAUGCAGGUCAAAGAUAUUAACCAUAUUUUUAUCAUUAGAAAUUUACCUUUGUGUUUGAGAGCGGGAUACUUCUCAGAAAAUUUGUACGCGAGACUCCCUAAAACUAUUGACGAGCUCCAAGAAAGGGUGGCUGAGUUUAUUCGAAUUGAAGAUAUAAGAUGCACGAGAAAAAAGCAACAACAAGAAACUUCUGCGAACGGGAACAAAAAGGAAGGAAAACGAUCGUUCAACAAUAACAACAAAAAUGGAGGUCCUCCUCAGAGGGAUUCCAUCCGAGCGCUCAGGUAUGAUCAUUAUACCAUCCUUAAUGCACCCAGGACAAAAGUUCUUGAGGAAUCCCUUGAUACCGAACUUCUUAUAGUUCAAAAAAAGCAUAUGCCCAAAAAUGCUUAUGAAAGAAAAACCUGUCGGUUUCAUCUUAAUCGUGGUCAUACCAUCGAAGAAUGUGAUGAAUUGCAGGAUGAAAUAGAAAGACUUGUUCGAGCGGGUCACCUCCAAAAGUAUGUAGAAAAAGAGAGAGAGAUCGAACAAGAAGCCCUUAGAGAAAAAUCCCAGCAUAGAAGCCCCGAACGGUCGUAUCAAAGACACUACCGCAGCCGAAAUCGGAGUCAUGAACAUGACCGCUCAGUUAGUGGGCAUAUCAAUACUAUAUCUGGAGGCUUUGCUAGAGGAGGAUCCUCGUCUUCGGCCCGUAGAAGGCAAUUAAGGAACUUGAAAACUGUUCACACGGUAAAGAGAAAGCCUCAAUCCUGGCCAUCCAUUACCUUUACCGAUGUCGACUUUCAUGUUCAUGACCCUGAUUAG